GGCAUGAUCGAGGCUACCGCAGGUCUCGGUCAAAGCCCUCCCCAAGCCCCCCACCUCUCUCAUAGUGACUGAGACCACAGCCACCAGUGUGACCCUAAUCUGGGACUCUGGGAACCCUGAACCUGUGUCCUUCUUCAUGAUCCAGUACCGGGCUAAAGCCACCGACGCAGGCUUCCAGGAGGUGGAUGGAGUAGCUACCACUCGUUACAGCAUCGGCGGGCUCAGCCCCUACUCGGAAUACGAGUUCCGUGUGAUGGCGGUGAACAACAUUGGGCGCGGGCCGCCCUCUGACCCGGUCGAGACCCGUACGGGGGAACGGGCUCCCUCUUCACCCCCUCUGGCUGUCCAGGUCCGCAUGCUGUCUGCUUCCACCAUGCUGGUCCAAUGGGAACCGCCCGAGGAACCUAACGGACAGAUCAGAGGGUACCGUGUGUACUACAGUUCAGACAUGAACGACCCUCUGAGUGGCUGGCAGAAACACAACACUGACGACAGCAGGCUGACCACCAUCUCCGGUCUGACCACUGAUAUCACCUACAGCCUCAGGGUGCUGGGGUUCACCUCUGUAGGGGACGGACCCCCCUCGGACGUACUGCAGGUCAAGACUCAGCAGGGAGUUCCUGCCCAACCAUCCAGCUUCGAGGCAGAAGCAGAGUUGGAAACGCGUAUCAUGUUGACCUGGCUGUGGCCUGUCCAGGACACCAUCACUAAGUACGAGCUGCAGUACUGGGAGGCUAACUCGGAUAACAAGAUCCACGUGACUUUUAAUCCUGCGGGGUCAUACGCCGUGGAGGGUCUGAAGCCCGACACCCUUUACCUUUUCUCCCUGGCAGCCCGCUCCGAGUUCGGCCUGGGAGUCUACACACAGCCCAUAGAGGGGCGCACCGCCCAGUCCACCCCCUCCGCCCCCCCUCAGGAGGUGCACCUGUCCAGUCUAAGCUCCACCUCCCUCAAGGUGAGUUGGGUGGCCCCGCCCGCUGCGUCCCGCCACGGCGCCAUCGUGGCGUACACCGUCAGCUACCAGUCCACCGGCAGCGCCAGCGAGGACCCCGAGCGCCACGAUGUGUCGGGGAUCGGAGCGGACGCCUCUAGUUAUGUGCUGGAGGGCCUGGAGAAGUGGACAGAGUACCAGGUGUGGGUUAGAGCUCACACUGAUGUGGGCCCGGGCCCAGAGAGCGCUCCGGUCAGGAUCAAAACUAAAGAAGACGUGCCAGGUGCCCCUCCCAGGAAGCUGGAGGUAGAAGCUGUGAACUCUACAGCCAUCAGGGUAACGUGGAAGGCCCCUCUGCCAGGGAAGCAGCACGGCCAAAUCAGGGGCUACCAGGUCAUCUUCUCCAGGCUGGAGAACGGGGAGCCCCGCGGUCAGCCCAACAUCAUGGACGUAGCCCUGCCUGAGGCUCAG